UUGAAAGCAAAGUCGCUGAACUUCCUUGCCUUUUAAUCGAUAACUGUUCCGCUUGACGCAAGCGAGAGGACGCAACUCACAGGCAGACACAAAGGGAGCGGAAGGACCUGCAGCAAUGGGAAUCAAACUGUACUACACCACCGUUACCGCCUCACGGACGGUGAAGUCUCAACAGGCAGAAGUGAUACGGAUCCUUGACAGUAAAAGCAUCCAGUACGAGCUCAUCGACAUCUCUGUGGGCGGGGAGCUUCUUGAAGAAAUGAGAAGCAAAGCAGGGAACCCCACCGCAGUCCCUCCCCAGCUUUUCAACGAUGACCAGUACUGUGGGAACUAUGAAAUGUUCUCUGAGGCGGUGGAAGCAGAUACAGUGGAUCAGUUUCUGAAACUGGCGUGAGGAGGGCAGAGUGUAAUUCUCCAUCUUAACUCCUUUCCUCCAACCACCUACCCAUCCACCCUGUACCCAAAUGGAGAGCCUUUAUCCAGUCUCUCUCUACACCCCUGGCAGUGUCCACCCACUUUCAAUGCCAUAAUGAAGAAUGCCAAAUAUCUAUCUAAUCAGAAGACACACAUUCCCCCUACUGCUCUAUUAGACUUUAAAUCAGUCUUAAUCAGUUUUAUUUUUCUGUUUUUUCUGUUCUUUCCAUUGAUUUCUUUCAGACCUUUUCCCUGUCUGACAGACUAGUGUUACUAAGUGCUCCUAGUCCACUAGGAAUCAAUGGGGUGUCUAAAUGUGCGCUAAUUAGGUCGACUAAUCUUGGCUGUGGCCACAUGAUCGCUGGAGAUUCAGCUAAUCCACUGGAUGACAACAUUCAACCCAGAAUCUUCCUGAUCCUCUGCAGACCAAACACACCAUCAUCACUCAGUCUUAACUACUUUGUUGUCUUUUUCUGUAGCCUUCAAGUUCCCAUGUUGUACAUGACUGCACACUAUUUGUACUUCACAUGGAUGCAAAUGCACACGGAAGUAGCAAGGACUGUAAUGUCCUUUUAAACCCAAUCAAUCAAGAACUAUAGCAGCCAAAGGACGCCUUUAUGGCGUGGACAGCCUUUUGUGAUUUUGGUCCAUUGGUCACCUUAUGCAAUAUAUGGCAAGAAGUUUGGUUCUGAAAUGGGAACCCACUGUAGCUCAACGACGUCCUGUCCUGAUCUGACCUGCUUCUAGGGGCGACAGCGCCACCAGAACUCAAAGUGUAUUCGAUUUGGCAGAUGUUGAAAACACAAAUGAUUUCAAUGAAACUAGUACUUGUCUGUGACACGUUAAAGGUGUACCCUGUGGCGUUUUUUUGUAAGCAAACAAGUUAUGUUUACGUUCAGUGCUUCUCAACAAAAGGCAUUGUCCUUGAGGUCUACCAAACGUGUUGAGUGCAUGUCCUUCCUUACAUUUGCAAAGAUGAUUAAAAAAAACAAAAAACAAAAACUUUUUAAAUCGUGCAUUGUUUACAUCCAUGUUUGCUAGCUUGCAGCCUUCUUCCUCUCUGUCUUUUUGAACACAUUGCUGCUCUUCUUUGCGCGUUACCACCACCAACUGUUGAUCUGAAUAGCAUGAAGCUGGUGGCUGGAGUGUGUAUCGCCUGUGUGCAUGAUACCGACACUCGUAAAACCAUUGCUCCACAGCGCUACUAGUGGUCAAAAGCUCCACAGGGUACCAUUUUUAAGCUAAGCUGUAGAAAUGUCUAACAAAGUUAAAGCCAGAUAAUGUGUUGGUGAGUCAGAAAUGUUCAAACUGUACACAUUUAAAGUAAUUCUUGGUGACAAGGGCCGUAGCUACCAUUUAGUACACGGAGAUCAUGCCCCAUGUAUUUUUUUUUUUUUCAUAUUUAGUGAUUUUAGGGACCCGUGGGGGCAAUAAACAUACUGAAACAUACACAUGGUGGGUAUUUUAUCGGCUGACCCGGUGAUCUGUGUAUUUACAUUUACAUUUUAUGUUUAAUUUGGGAACCAAACACUCUCAUUAGAUCAGUUAUAAUGGUCACCAAUGGGCCAAACUUAUUAAAAAGGUUGGUAUACUAAAAAAAAAAAUCAGUGGUAGAACAUUUCAGUAGUAGUUAAUUUUAGCAUCCUGUGGAGCAGGAUGAACACAUUUCUUAAUGUCACAUUUGGUGCCAAUAUGCAGUGUAUCUGUAAUGCGCUUUUGCAGGUGGAUAUUCACUGUAGUAUUAGCCCUUUCCUGCCAUCUUCUACAUUUUCUAUAAUCUGUAUAACUUGAAAGCUUGGUUCCUGGCACAUACAGGUGCUCUUUAUUGUCGACUGACAGGGCGAAAAGACGGCAAACAUUUAGAAAGGAGCAUUUCACGUGGCUAGACUGAAAGGAUGUGAAUCUUCUAGCGGUCAACCCCGUAGCUUUCCCUUCCUCUGUUCAUUUUCUGUUACACUUUCACUGAUUGUCCUGGGCAUGAAGAUGCAGUAAUGUGACUAUGCACUGAAACCCUGCCUCAUUCUGAACACAGACAAAAAGGUCAAAGCUGGUGUGUUGAGAUUGACCUGACUCAAUCUUACUAGCCUUAGGGAACACUCACCACAUGGGAAAAAUGAAGGCUUCACUUAUUUGUGCUUUUAUGUAUGUGCAUUCAUUCAGUUGAUUGAUCUCAGUUGAAAUAUAAUGUUCAUGUAUUGGGUCGCAUGUCUUUUUUUUUUUAAAUUGCGAACAACAUGGUUUCCCUCUCUAACUGUCAAACCCCCUUGCUUUCAAAAUUGUGUUGUUACGGUUUGGGAUCCCUAGUAAUGACGGCCUUCACACACAAUGUUUGUGCACUGUUUUGUAAGUCGAUGGUUGUAGAUGUUUGCCUGUUAUGGAUGUAUAUUCAUUAUAAAUCAUGUUUUAGACAUUCCAUGUCUCUCUCUGAGAUCCUGCUUUGCUUUUGGACCAAUUCCCCUUGGCCAAAAAAUAGGGAAUAAAAUGCUGUUGUCUUCCAAGAAGAUUGUGAAGUGAUUAUGGGUUAAAAAAUAAAUAAAAUGGAGUUGAAUCUA